CUUGAUUGCCGUUUGAGCGACAACAAAUCCGGUAAGCACGCUCCGAGUCGGCAUGAUGCCGCGCCUUUUCGUAGAGCUUUGCCGCUUGUUUGCCGUUUUAGCGACCUACCAAAACUACUAAAAAGUAAAGCGGCAAGCUUAAGGACUAGUAAGUACUAAGGAGUCCUAAGGCCUAGGUGAUCACUUUCGAGCGAUUGCACUCGCUGUCGAAAGGUCCAUAUACGGAGUCGCUUUACAAGAACAAACAUAUGAUUCAAGAUGUGAUUGCGGGGAGUAGGACGUUAAGAUCUAAAGACUCUAUCAAGGCUCUUGCUACGCACUGGAAUGCAAACAUCCGAGACAAGUAACUGACUGCAUCGUACGUGCAGCCGAUGUAGGCCGAUGCAUAUGAUCUUGCAUGAUACAGAUCUUCAUUCUUGAGGCAUUGGACUCGGAGCAGGUUGGAGCUUUAUGAAUUGUCGAUUGAUCCUUUUGCUUACCGGAAUUUCUACGAGUCCUCGGCUGGCACUUUCGAGUAAUUUCCUUCAACGUGCUCUCUCAAUUAGGCGAGCUCAAGUCAAACUCAGAGUUUCAGAGCUAUCGUUGCUCUCGGCAGUAAAUUUGAAACUCCCUGGGGUUUUCUUCCUUGGAUUCUCAUAUUUUCUUGCCGACCGCCAUGUCUAUUCUGGAAUAGAAUCACCAACCAGCCCUCAACUGGACAUUGCCGCAUUUGUUGUAGUCGAUUCGAGCUCUUAAAAAUGACUCCCUUCGGACCUGACAUCUACCUACUUUGUAGACGUCAAUAAUAUCUGUCACUGUUACUCCCUCCCUGCCAACCAUUCUCUGGCAAUUUUUUCGUCAGCCUCUGAAAUUAUCGUCUCCUCUCAUCGCCUUACACCGCGCCCUUUGUCGUACUAAAAUACGCAAAGAAGGUUUACCACCACUGAGAUCUGACUAUGCUUUAAUCACACGCUGACAGGCGUUCUGUAUUUAUCCUGACUGUAACGGUCAUCAUUAUACUGCACGUCGACGUUGUCUUACCGACAACAAGCAAUGUAGUAGAGGUGGGUUUCACGAGCCAAUGAUACAGAAUUGAACACAUUGGGAUGCACCAUAGGUAAGAUGUUGAGGGGAGUAGAAGGCACCUUCGGUACAUGGUGGGUGUACUGACGCCAGUUACGGUACCGGGCGCACGUCAUGAUAAUGGAAUCAAUCUUUAAUCAAAGAGGUGUCGACGAUGUCGAUAUAGU